AUGUUUGUGGAGACUCCAGAUUAUGAUCUUAUAUGCACCAUAUGCCAAGGGGUUCUCCGGUGCCCAGUGAGAGCGGCAUGCCACCACAUCUUCUGCAAGAGAUGCAUUUUGCAGUGGCUCAAGAGGCAGGAGACUUGUCCAUGUUGUCGAAAGCAAAUAAACCCAAACUUCAUCUUUGUCAUGUUUAAACUGAGUAAAUCUAUUGGACGCAUGAAGAUCAAGUGUAAGAAUGAGAUCCGUGGAUGUGCUGAGACCUUUCCGCUGUCUGAGCAGUAUUGCCACAGUAUGAGUUGUCUGCAUGAGCUGAUCCAAUGCCCAUAUCAUGGCUGCCGUGCACAGCUCCUGCGCAGGGACCUGGACACUCACGCUCGGCACUGUGAACACUGGAGACAGCCCUGCCACAUGGGCUGUGGAACCAUCCUCUCCCACAGCACACAAGCACAACACAAUUGUUACAAACAGCUGAGGCAGGAUUAUGAGGCCCGACAGAGGAACCACAAAGCCAUCGCCACUGCCCUCCAGAGGAAGAUGAAGCGAAUGCAGAGUACUAUGGCCUACAUGAAGAGGCAGAUUGGCCUGAUCUGUGAGAGUCUGGAGGAAAUGGACAACCAGCUGGAGGGGGAAGAGGACGACCCAGAGGAGAGCACCUCUGGAAACACCAUCAACUGCUAA